UUCUAUUCAGCAGGAAAGAGAAGGAGAAGAAGACAGGAGGCGGAGUCCCACGUUAGUCACUGUCUACCAGUAGUAGUUGGUUAUUCUUUUGUCGCAGACAAGCAGCAGGUUGUCAGCGUUUUAAUCUAAAAAGAAAUGAACGGGUUAGACGAGGAACCAAUGGCACCACAGACCUUUCUUUACGGGUGCGUGCUGGAAGCUGGUAAGGAGGUAGUGUUCAAUCCUGAGGACGAUGACUUUGAGCAUCAGCUAGAUCUAAGGAUGGCCUGUGUGGACCCCACCACGAAAGAUGAACUUCACAUGGUGGAGGUGGAAGGACAAGACACAGAGGGUCAGAAAAUCAAUGCAGCGCUGGUUUCACUUAAGCCCUCUACCCUGCCAAGUGUGUGUCUCGGUGGUUUCACAAUCACACCACCAGCGAUUUUCCGUCUGAAGGCAGGUUCUGGUCCAAUCCAUAUCAGUGGACAACACCUUGUCAUGAUGGAGGGUGAUCAGUCUUUUGAUGAAGAUGAUGAUGAAGAAGAGGAGGAAGAUGUCACAACAUCAAAGAAAAGACCUGCUUCCUCCCCUGCCCUCAAGUCUCAGAAAAAAAUUAAAAUGGACAUGGAGGAGGAGGAUGACGACGACGAUGAUGAUGAUGAUGAUGACGACGAAGAUGAGGACGAUGAAGAGGAUGAGGACGAGGAGAGUGAGGAGGAAGAGUCACCUGUUAAGGCCAAGCCAACACCAACCAAAAAAGCCCCUGCUCAGAAUGGCAAGAGUCCUAAACCCAGCACUCAAGCCACAAAGCAGGAAAAGACUCCUAAAGGUAAGGGUGACAAGUCACCUAAAACCCCACCAACUCCCAAAGGAACUUUAACGCUUCCUGAGAUUAAAGCCAAGAUGAUGGAGGCAGUGAAGAAGGGAGUAACAUUACCUAAACUCCAGCCCAAGUUUGAGAACUUCGUGAAGCAUGGUUAUAGAGUCUCAGAUACCAAGGUUGUUGCAGAGCUGUGGAAGUGGAGACAGACGGUGAAGGAUGCUAAAUAACAAUCUCAGUGGUUUUAUUAUCCAAUUUUAUGACUUGUUUAUACCCAUAGCACCUCUCAAACCCUCUGAAGCCAAACUCUGUGCCUCACACUUCAUUAAUUCUAAGUCUAGUCCAGCUCCACCUGCCCUUCUGUAUGAAGAGACUAGAGGGAUGGUGAUAUGGAUUCCUCCUCCAUCACUCUCUCAUUAGGGCAGAGAAAUGAUCUGGUUUGUUAAAUAAACCCUGGGAGAACCUACUUACAAAUCUGCAUCUUUGCAAAUCUGUAAAGAAAAUUCUCGCUAGAUUGUUGGCAUCCCCAGUAUGGAGAAUAUGUUUGGUUUUUGUUUUUUUGUUUUUUUUAAAUAUAUAUACACACAUACACACACACACAGUAAAGGUUGAUUUGGCCUCAUGCAGAAUAAUAAAAAUGCAUCAGAUUAUCACACACACUUAAAAGCACACAAGACGAGCAACGAAGCAGCUCAAGAAACUUCAUUCCAUUUAACGGUCAAUAAAACAUUGGAUAAUGUCGGCAAUCGUCACAUCUUUUGUCAGUUUUGGUAAAGCAGAAUUUUUGGUUGACGUCAGCAGUGAUCAUGAUAUUGAUUGAGCAAUAUUGAUUUGUCUAUUACUGUCAUGAACGUAAAAAGAAACUUUGCACUUUUUGAAAUGUUUUGAGUGUUUAUGCUAUUGUGAGAUUCCUUAGGUAAAGCUCCCAUAACAAAAUAAGUGUCCACUUAGUUUCAGUUUCAAACAUUGUAUCAGAAUUUUUCAUGUAUUUUACCGUCCGGAAAUGAUCAACCAUUUGGUUGCAACAAGAUGUGUUAACCUUAAGGACACAGUAUCACAAAUGAAGCGGCCUACCCAUUUCAGCACUGUCAUUGGCAUAAGUGGAGAUGGGGUCUGUUUCACUUUGUAUUGCCAUGACUACUGAUAGCCAAUAGGCCAAAGGUUAAGAACUUAACUCGGAGUGACUGAAUGCAUGAAGGAACCUGCAAAUAGUUAUUUUUUUAAAAUUGUGAGUUGCUUAUAAUUUUCCAAACCAGGAUUUGAAGAUGUUAUAAUGUUCUGAGAAAUGUUCACAAGUUUAAUGAAGCCACACAUUCUGUACUCAUUUGACCGGUUAAAGUAACAUUACAAAUGUAAAUGUUGAUGCAUGAGGCCUGUUACAGCAGAUCAUUCCAUGUUCUCAAGAAACAAGUACAUGUUUGUAUGACUUUAUAUAUGCUGUGGGUUUGGAUGGACUAUCCCAAAAUUGAUUAAAUAAAAUGUUGAAACAUU